CGCAGCGACGGAGGGGCGGACACAGGGCGGACACGCAGGCGGACACACGGGCGGCACAAGGGGCUGCUGCUGCGCGUCGUCGUCGUCGUCGUCGUCCGUCCAUCACAUUCUCGUUUCGACAUUGGCUCUCCCUCUACUACCCUUUCCUUCUCCUCAUUUUGAGUCGCUGCUCCGCUGGGGGUCGCAGACAGAUUACGAUCACCACAACAGACCUCCUCGCAUCUGGCUGACUCGGCUCCCCUCAAUCCUCUCGUCCUUCGACCCCCGCCACUUGGACAGAGGACACUUCUCAAACGCAGCGAAACCCUGGAUCCAAGACGUCGCGGAACCUGCACGCAGCUAAGCAGUCGUAGCUGCCAAAUUCUUUCAAUCCUAGUCCAGGCUGUUGUUCCGCUCAGCUUCACGCAACGUAGUCUACACCAGCUUGAGCCCCUUGGGCGCUGCGAUAAGCCCAGGCGGCAUACAGCGACGGGACCAUGACCGACGGCGGCCAAGAGGGCAGCAAUGACGAGAACCUUUCUCAGCAUCGGCUGCGUCUGGCAGGAGAGUCCGAGCCAUCUUCAUCUUCAUCGCCUUCAACCUCUUCUUCGCAAUCGCCCUCAUCGAAGCUAGAACCCUUUGCACCUCUGCGUAUCAACACCACAGCUGGUUCUGCUGGUCAUUCACCCGCUGCUUCUUCAUCGCCCACUGAGACGAGACCUCUGUCUAACGGCGCGCCCGACGGUCUCAGGAGCUACUCGUCCAAGACAUUCAUCUCGACGUCGUCUGCUUCGACAACCACUUCAGACGCAGACUCUGCCUCAGCAGCGGCCAGUUAUGCGCAAGCCCUGUCCGCCCACCAUCGCGUCGGACGACGACAAUCUCUGGUACAAGCAGAGGCCAAGAGCAGUCGCAGCGGCAGUGGCAGUGGUAGCAGUAGCGUAGAUCAAAGCUCCUUACAGCCGCCGGAGUUCCCUCGUCUCGGGCGAGCACUGACAGGUCCGGCUCCGUCUGCAUCUAGUCUCAGAACUCCACCAGACGCAGCUCCUCCCAUCGGGAGCCGUAGAGGAUCAUUGCAAGCUGCAGCCAUGCUUAAGGCAGGCUUAUUCGCAGAGCAGCAAGCGGCGUCUGCAGGCAGCAGCGCCGUCGUAUCACCGGCCUGCUACAGCUCGCCGUCAGAGCCCAGCGCUGCACAUGAUCUCGCAGAGCCGACAUGGUCGCUUCCAGGUUCUGCUACGGAUUCGAUACAUUCAGAAUCACCAUCGAGGCGGUCUAGCGUGCAUAGAGGGCCAGGAGGCGGCACGUCUUUAAGCUCAGCAGCGGCCUCACUUCACCAGAACCAGCAUAGUGGAGCAGCAGCAGCAGCGGCGGCGGCGGCGUCAGCAAAUGGCAACGUAGGCGCCGGCAGCAGUGGUUUCAGUGCAAUGCUCUCGCGGACCAAUACGGCGAGACAUUCGGGAUCUGACGGCAGCAAGCAGCAUUCAUCCACAGUCACAACGCCGGGCUCUGCCUCACCUGUCCACAGUUCAACAGCGGCUGGCGGACCGACAAGAGGGUCGAGCAAUAGUGGUUCUCUUCCUACCACGCAUCCGAACUCGCCUACAUCAGGCUAUGCUACUCCAUCAGGCAUGCAUCACCAGCCGCCUAAAGUGCUCGAGACGCACCAUCUUCAGCUGCAGACGCACGCGCCGAGCGGCAGAAGGAUGAUCAACCAGUACAUCAUCGAGGACGAGCUUGGAAGAGGCGUUCACGGCAAGGUCAGGCUGGCUCGCGACACAGAGUCAGGAGAGCGAGUGGCGGUCAAGAUUGUCGAGAGAGAAAGUAAGAAGAGGCUGGGCUUGGCUACGGGAGGCUGGCAAGCGAGGAUGAUGGGAUCAUCGUCGGCAUCGGCGGUUAAGGAGAAGGAGAGACAAGCAGUCGCAGCAGCAGCAGAGGAGCAGUAUGCGGAAGAAGGCGCGCCGACGGGCAAGCAGCGAGCAGUCGACUUUGCAGACCCGCCAACCCCGACCUCGUCUGGCCCUCCUGCGUCACCACGGGCUCAGAUGUACGCUGCGGCUCGCUACGGUCGAUGGGGCGAAGGCGCCCCCAGCAGACCUACCUUCGCCGACCUCGAGCUACAAAAGAGGAGAGAAAAGGAAGCUGCCAAGGCUAGAAAAGCACAAAUGAUGACGACGGAUCAAAAGGUCAGACGAGAGAUAGCUAUUCUGAAGAAGCUCUCUCAUGAGAACGUCGUGCGACUGCGCGAGGUCAUCGACGAUCCGCAGAGCAAGAAAAUCUUCCUCGUCCUCGAAUACAUGGCAGGCGGAGAGGUCAUCUGGAAGGACGCGCGAGGCUUUCCUACCUUGACCGUUGCCGAGACCAGAAGCAUCAUGCGAGACGUUGUCCUUGGACUGGAGUAUCUCCACUAUCAAGGCAUCAUCCAUCGCGACAUCAAGCCGGCCAACUUGCUGUGGGACGAAGAGCGUCGCGUCAAGAUCUCCGACUUUGGUGUUUCUCACUUCAGCUACGCUCUGCUUCUUGCCAGUGGCGGUGUUCCUAGCAGCUCGAGCUCGAGAGAUGCAAGCGUCAUGGACGAGCACGAGCUGGCAAAGACGGCUGGGUCUCCCGCUUUCUUCGCGCCUGAGCUUUGCCAAGUGGGCGAGGCGUCGAAUCCUUCGACCGCUUCAGCAUCAGCGAGAAAUACAGGUCAAAGCAUUGCAGGCGGCAUUGCGAGCGAGAUUGGGACUCGAGAGUUCCCAUGGAUGGAUGGUAAGAGCGGAGAGAGUGGACGAGCUUCACCUCGUCAGCUUGGUAGUCCGGCUGCCGUCACCCCUUCAGGUCGAGGGCUUCUUGGGAAGGCUGCUGCGGGCGGCAAAUCGAAGCCCAAGGUCACCAAGGCCAUCGACGUCUGGGCGUUGGGCGUCACGCUCUACUGUUUGCUUUUUGGUCAUGUGCCUUUCACGGCAGAGAGCGAGUUCGCUCUCUUUGCUGUCGUUCCGCGCGAGGACUACAGCCUUCCCUCUACGGCUGGUGCCGAUCGUCUGCUCAUUGGGCCGCGCAAGCCGCGCUGGAGAUCACUGCCUCAGUGGACUGACGAAGAGGCAGAUGUUCAGAACGCCGAGGAAGACUUGAGACCUGACGUCGACGAAGCUUCUCUAUCGGAGGAAGCUCGAAUGCUUCGCAACCUGCUCGACCGCCUACUAGACAAGAACCCGGCGACUCGAAUCAAGCUUGAGGAAGUCAAGGCUCACCCCUGGAUCGUACAGGAUCUCGAAGACGCGCACGGCUGGCUGAAGGAGACGGAUCCUGCUCAACUGCCCUCGGUCGACGUGACGCACGAAGAGGUCGAGGACGCCUUGACCGGCUUUUCGAAGAUGAAGCGCCGCAUCAAGCGUUGGCAGUCGAAGCUACUACAUAGUCUGACGGGCACACAAGAGCAUCAGCAGCAAUACAUGCGAACAGGUCUCGGCAGACCACGCAGCCGUUCGACAGCGGAGAUCGAUGCCCUUGUGCCUCCGUCACCCGGAGGCAAGUCACAAAGACGCGGCUUCCUCUCACCUGGUCAGUCAGGCGGUUUCAAUCUCGCGAGUGGCACGACUCCCACGGCCGAUGAUCAGCACCAUCACCCCCACGGAGCAGCCAAUCUCUUCCGCAAAGGCUCCGCCGCCUCACGUAAGACUACGGCCGGGCGCUCAACGCGCGCUUCCUCUGGCGGUCAUACCCCGUCGCGGACCGUCUCGCGCUCUCAGCCAGGAAGUCGCCCCUCAUCGCCCGAGCACAAGGACGCUGCGUCUAUGCUCCGCCAGAUCGCUCAGAACUCUGCGCCCGCACCUCCGACAUCAGCACCGGCCAUGGGGUGGACCACUGCGUCCAUUGUUUCGCGUGACGAGCAGCAGCAGCAGCAGCGUCGUCGUUUCUUGUGGAAGCGUCGAUCGACGAGCCGACCUGUCGGGUCAGCAGGAGGAAUCUCGCCCACGAGAAGUCGGCCGUCAGUGGAUCGCUCUUCAUCUGACGGGCACAUGGGUCUCUCGCGCACCUCUACCGCUCGACCUUCUCAGCAGAGCAGCGGCAUCAGUGCGCCGAACACUGUCUCUCCCACUGCUCUAAACACCGUUGACCUCCCACUUAGCGAGCCCAACACCACCACUCACUCUCCCGAAGGCAAGGGCAAUGCACGCCAUCGCAGCAGCCGCGGUGACUUCUGGCAUCGCUUCUUCUCCGAGUCCAGCCGCCGCUCGUUGGCUACCAGCAAUGGGUCGUCCGCGACUUCGAGGCCUGGAACAGCCAAUUCGGACGCAUCCGCUUCCGGCGGCAGACUGAAGUCGUCUCUCUCGGAGGACAAGGGCCAUUUCCGCGGCUUAAAGCGAAGACAGCAUCAACCGCUGUCGUUGGCUUUCGGCGAAAAGGACCAAGGCCGGAAGGCUGCCACUGCUGAUAGCCUCGUUGCUACUGCUGACGGUGCUCAGGUAGCCAUGCCUGCUCGCGGCGACUCGUUUGGCGUCAUCGCUCUUGACGAUGACGAGUCGUACGAGCAUGGUCCUGCCUCUCAGGCCAAGGUGGCAGCCGGUGGGCUCGCCUCCCACCAGCAGCAGAAUACCCCUCCUGCCCCUCGCCCGCAGCAUAUCGAUGUAGACGACCUGGACGACGAGCUCGAGCUGUCCGACGAUGAUCUUGGCAUCGACUCACGUCGUGACUCGUACAUGCGCAACGAUGGUCGUGGAUGGACGCAGCACUACAGCAUGGCCACGGGAAGCAGCAGCGAGGGCGUCAGCAACGGUGGGGCGAGCCCGGGCGCGAUGGCCCCUGUCGACGGUAGCCAAGACAGGCUCGGUGUUGGAGCUCCUCGUGCUUCCUCAUCCUUGACGCCUAGUGUAGAAGGAGGGUACAACCUUUUCAAACCGCCCUACAAUGGCCGAGUGGAUCUAUUCGAUGGAGUCGACCCGUUCGACGUGGCCCGACAGCACGCAGAGAAUCCUGAUUUCCACGACCCUCCUGACUCCGCUGCCGCCCGCGACGACCUAGCCACGACAAGUGGCGGGCCCUCCUUAUCAGCCAUUACGGGCGGUCUUGCAUCUGCGAUGCCCAUCAAUAGCCAGGCGAACGAAGCGGCUGCCCUCCGACGAGGGUCGGCGCAACUUGAUGGGUUGGUCGGGAGCGGCGGAACGCAUUCAUCCGGCUUGGCAGGCGUGGACGAGGAGCACGCGGAGAUUGCCGUCCAAUCCGCGACGCAUUCUAAGCUUGCCCCGCGGUCAAGAGGCUAUGUUGAAGAGGAAGACAGUCGGUUCGCCGACGCUGAUGAGAGCAUCAACUCGCCUGUUGCGGAUGAGGCAAAAGGAGCAAUAUGCGGAGCGCCGCCUCAUCCUCACAUCUUCAACGGAGCUGCACGCCACGGCAGCGAUGAUGACUGCGAGGGCGAGGACGACGACGAGCAGCCCCCUGCACCGCAGUUCAACUCCCUCUUGAAUCGUUGGGGUCCUGCUGCGAAAGCCACACGUCUCCAGCAGGAGCAGCACUUCAUCACCGACGACUACAGUGACGAGGAGGACGACAGUGGCGAAGAGGAGGAUGAGGAGGACGAUCACGAUACCAGCAGACAGAGCGGCGCCACGAUGCUGAAUGGUACCGGGCGCCUUGCUCGUGGCCGCCGUGACGAAGAUCAGGACGAAGGGGAGUGUGUGUCAUUUGAGGCGAGGGCACGGCCGAGGAGCAAGUCGGUUCUGACGAACAACUGAGACGGCGGUGCUCGCAAGGUCGGGUGGACAUGGCGAUGAUUCCAACAUAGAAGACGGAGAGCAAGGCAGUCCAAAGAGAAAGUGGUGUAUUGGUUCUCUAUCAAUGUCACUUCAGAAGAUUCCUAAAGACUCCUCAUCCGAGUCUUGCAUAAUCGUGCAAGCAUUUGCUCCACAUUUCAUUUGUUUAGGCUGCGAAGAUGUAAAGGAAAGGUAUAGGUAAUAGUUCGACGAGGCCAAGAUAUCGUGUCCUCGUCGUCAGACGUUGACGACACACUAAUACAGGAUGAGCGAAGCAAGAAGGAUGAAAGGAAGUGUAUGGUAAGAUGCAGACGCUGUGCGGUGCAACGCGCAGAGCAGGCAUAAAAAUUGA